AUUUAUAUUUAUAUAUGCUAAUAAAGUCCCUUCUUCUUCACUUUAUCUCUUCUAAGCAUUUCCUUCAUUUUCACAAGAAAGAAGAACAAGAAAAAGCAAAUGGCGUCCAAGAUAGAGAAGCCUCGAGAAGAUAUCUAGAUACGAUAAAGGCUAAGGGAUCUCUAGUAAAAUGUUCAUGUUUGGAGUACCAUUAGUGCUACACAUCAAAGCAUGCGUAGCCAUGGCAUGAAGUAUCUCAUCUUCGGGAGCCAGUAAAAACUGCAGAGCAUGGAAGAUUAGUAUUCGUUAUUAAAAGGAGAAAAAAGAGUAAGUAUGGAGAACAACGAAGGGUCUGGUAGUCCUAGUUGGAGAGCUUCUUUAUUUAUGCCGACAGCUGGGGAUGUUGCAAGAGCUGUUGUUGCUGCAGCUACUGCUGCCACUACACCUAGUUCCCCAAGCUCCCCCGUCUUAACUUCUUCUAAUGAUGAAAGUGGUAGCCAUCUUCAGAAGCUUCAGCAGCAAGUUUCCAGACUACUAAGAGGCUUGUCAGACCCCCCUGAAGUGAAAAAUAGAGCCUAUAACCCAGAAGUACUAACUAAAUUAAAGCGUCAGUGGGCAAGUUUUCAGAUUCGAUCCCUGGAUCAUAGGAUAUGGAAGGAACCAUCAAAACUUAUUGAGGGCAUGGUGGUUGUUGGACUUCAUCCUAGCUGUGAUAUCCGGCCACUCCAAAAUCUUUCUUUUGGCAGGAAGUCUGAAGGUUCAAGUAGAUCUAGAACUGAACUCGAGCUUCAGUCACUAGUAGAAACAAAUCUUGAGCCUCAGGUCCUGUAUGUUUAUCCUCCAGAAAAACAGCUACCUCUGACUGACAAGGAUCUUAUUUCAUUCUGCCUCCCUGCAGGUGUUGAGGUUCAUGCUGUUGAGAGAACUUCAUCAAUGAGCGAAUUGAAUGAAAUACUUCUUGGCCAGGAACACUUUAGGCAGAGUGACCUGUCCUUCAUAUUCCGAAUGCAGGUGGCUGAUUUGUCAACUCUGUACGGUUGCUGUGUGUUAGUUGAUGAAAUAAUACAGGAGUCCUCUGGGUUACUCUCUGCUGUCUCAGAUAGGCAACAUCUGCGCUUACCCUUGAGCCGCCAUAUUUUAACUACCCGUCGUUGUUAUUGCAUUCUUACACGGGUUCCAUGUUUUGAACUGCAUUUUGGCGUAUUUAAUAGUAUGUUCACUGAAGAAAGGCUGGAAAGGUUGACCAAAAAUAUUGGUGAAUCAGAUAUGGAUUCACUUUUGCUGUAUGACGAGGAAAACUAUUCAGAAGACAGACAAGAAAAUUUGGCAGAAAUAUCUGCAAGUAAUUCACCUGAACAUGGAGAAAAAGGCAUGCUUAACGACACAGUACAAAGUUUACAAAGAUCUCAAUUGUGCACAAGUGAUAUCAUUUCAAAAAACGCCAUUGAUGAUAAUCUUUACCCAGAGCAUCGGAAUCUUAAAGAGGAGAAUUCAUUGUCUGAGGUGCUUGAUAAUAACUUUGUUGUUCCAGAAGCAGAGAAACUUCAAGCUGAUAAAAAAUCCUUGGGUGCAGCACAUCUCAGUGAAGCUUGUGAUACCCCUAUUGCUGAUAUAUCAAUAAACAAUAACACAUCACAAAUGCAUUUACCUAUAUCACAACAUCAGCUGUAUGAAAGCUUGGAAUCUUCUUCCAGUUUCCAGGGUUCUCCUAGUGAAGAUAGAAACUUUAGAAAUAAUUUUGAUGAAACAGAGCUUGAAGAAGCAUCUGUCUCAGGCCAAUCCAGUGACCACAAUGAUAUUCUAGAAUGGGCUAAGGCCAACAAUCACGGAUCUCUAAGAAUAAUAUCAGAGUAUUAUCAGUUAAGUUGUCCUGCAAGGGGUUCAACACUUAAGUUCCACCCUCUAGAGCAUCUAAAUCCUUUAGAAUUUCACAGACCAGAUGAAGCAGUUCUGCGUAUAGCUAGAUCAACAAUGGAUCUGGAAUCAUGCAGCAAUGGUUCGGAGAAUGCUGAGGUAAGAAGUGCACUCAUGGCAGAGGAGGAGUCUGCUGCUUUAUCAGUAUGGGCAAUUGCAUGCUUGUGUGGAUCACUGCGCCUCGAGCAUGUGUUGACUUUGUUCGCAGGGGUCCUGUUGGAGAAGAAGAUUGUAAUUCUUUGUUCUAAUUUGGGAAUAUUGUCGGCAUCAAUUUUGUCAAUCAUCCCCCUCAUACGUCCAUUCAAGUGGCAGAGUUUGUUAAUGCCGGUAUUACCAAAAGACAUGCAGGACUUUUUGGAUGCACCUGUUCCAUACAUAGUCGGUGUAAAAACCCAAACCGAUGUAUUGCAGUCAAAAUUGGCAGAUGUCAUUUUUAUAAAUGCAAACAAGAAUCAGGUGAGGGCGCGAGCAAUACCAGAACUACCCAGGCAGAAAGAGCUUUAUUCAUCACUAGCUCCAUACCAUUCAAAACUUGUAGGAGAAAGUUAUCUGGGAAGAAGGCGACCAGUUUACCAGUGCACUGAUAUACAGGUUGCAGCUGCUAACAGUUUCCUUGAAGUAUUAAGAACUUACUUGGAUUCUCUUACCUCUAAUCUCCGUUCUCACACCAUUACAAAUGUUCAAUCCAAUGAUGAUAAGGUUUCAUUGCUAUUAAAGGAAAGUUUCAUCGAAUCCUUUCCCAGUCGUGAUAGACCUUUUAUGAAGCUUUUCUUGGACACACAACUCUUUACUGCACAUACGGAUCUUAUGCUGGCUUUCUUCCAGAAGGAAUAGAGAUGCGAUGCAAGAUCUGGGAUGUCUACUUUAAAGUUAUCAACGGAGGGUACCAAAUAUUCUGCUGAGUCGUUAAAUGUGCUGACCUGCGUCAGUCUUUGUUGGAGAAUGAAGAAGUAAUCAGUAAGUUAAUUACUGUACAAAUCUCUAAAGAUCAAUAUCUUAGCUGCUCUGUCAAGUUGGCAGUUUUGCCAUUUGUAUAUAGUGUGGUUGAAUCGAGGUGAAACGAAAUGUGUUCUCUGUGGUUGUAGUGACUACUGACUAGUGAGGACAGUGAAAUACAUGUCUCAUGUCUGUAGUGUUAUUGUGUUGUGGCUUGAUAUGAAAUUUUGGGUGCUUUGCAUAUACUCUUCCCUGGUAGGGGCCCUGAUAAUUGUUGGUAUGAUUGUCCUUGUACAUUUGAUAAUCUUAUCUCUUGUCUUUAUUAAGAUGAUAUUUUAGGCUUUUUGCAGAUCA